CGUCAUCUGCUCACCUUCAUGUUCAUGCACCAAACUCAUUAGACUUUUUUUUUCUCAGUGGAACAAAAGUGAUUUAGCAUGAGAAUCAAAAUCUGUUAUUUCCAUACUGUGAAACUACAUGGUAAUCUGUCAAUCCCGAACUCUAAUGAUUGUAUGCAAGGUUGGGAUUUGAGCCCAGGUCCCCUUGCUUUCUAAAAGAAGUCUACCAUGACAGUAAAGUGCAAUUCACAUUAAUAAUGAAUAAACUGCUGUGAUUACAUUUCUAGUUCAGGUGCAUGAAGUUUAGCUCCGUUUUAUGCUCAUUCAUGUUGCCAGGAAAUGCCAGAUCUUUUUAAAAAUAAUUGUCAAGUUGCAUUAUCACUGGUGUCAGUUGUGAAUGUCAUUUAACAUGUUAUAUUUUAUGAGUGUUUCUCCCAUGUCUUAAUGCAUUAGAAAUGUCUAAAAGUGGGGAGCAAAUGAUUUCGUGUAGUGUUAAUGCACUGGUGUUUGAUUUAGACUUGAGAGGGAAAAAUAAGAAUUCCACCUGUUGUGGCAUCAUUUGACGGUCAUAAACCGAAUUGAGCACACAUUUGUGAAAGUGCGUUCAUCCAGAGGAAUGGGGUGGAAACCGCUAUCGCCUGCCUGAGGGGAGGAGUCACCUCCUCUCGCUGCAUGAAAUAUAACCCUUCCAAGACUUCAUCUCCAACUUUAAAACCAACAUAAGGAAUUUACUCAUGGGAAACUGUUAAAGGGACUCACUUUCCGAUGGUGACCCGGACCACUUUGGCGUUUUAUUUAUUAGGAAGUACGCCCGGUCGCCUUUAUAAUGGAAACGUGUGUCGAGAGACGCGCUUGCCGUGUGGUUUUCACGGUCUUUCUGCUUGUCCUAAAUACUGUGAUAGCCCAGACUUUCUCUCCAGACGCGGACACCGAUAACCCACUGAGUACCGAUACUUUCUUUACCCGAACAACUGGUGUAAAACAAACCUCCUCCUGGCCGGGGAGAAAGGCCACUACAACAGCUGUGGAUCUAUCGAGUGGACUGGGGGAGAUGACGGACAUUCCCGCCAGUGUGUCCAUCACUGGAGCUCGAGAGGAAAAACCUUUAAGCAUCUCUACAAACACAGCUGACUGGAGGAUGACCUCGGAUGAUUCCACUGAACAUCUGCAGACUGACAAAGAGUUUGCCCAUAAUGCCACAGCCCAAUGGGAGGGUCCAUCAGUAGCAUCGCACAGCAUCACCAGCCACCAUCCCGUUACAGAGGCUCGAACAGUGCGAGAGGUUCCCACAACGGAUCUGAGAGACGUUGACACCACCGACUCGGUCUCUCACACUGAUAGCACCUACAUUUCCACAACCAACCGAGUCAGAGAACGCACACUCCUCUCAGUGACCUCCAACAGCACCUCUGCGUACACUGAGGACUCCAACUCCUCGGAUGCUGUCUCUCAAACCUCCAUUUGGGAAGUGAGAACGUCAGGAGCCACCCAGGGCAAGGAGGAAACCGUAGAUGUAUCUACAUUGUCUGAACAGACUGAACCCACUUUUGAAGAUCAUAAUGCCACCAAUGCAACUCAAGGCCACUCUUUGGAGACCGAGCAGUCAACGUUUUCCCAUGGCACUGAGUCACAGACGGGACAAUCUAGUGUCACAGGACAGACUGUUCAACAGGUAUCUGAUAAUGACAAUCCAAAUUCAACACCCCCUCUUACAAUGAUCAACAGAGAUGAAGGGGAAAUGGACGCCACAUCGGUGAGUGGUGGGACGUCUUAUACAGAAACCGGUGACUCUGUGUCAUCUAUCCCACCUUUUACCUCCGGUGGAUACAGUGCCACUAGCAUAUCCCAACAGAGCCGUGAUUCCACAGUGACUUAUUCUCUGGAUACUGAUGCUUCCACUGAGUUUUCUACUGAAUCUGUUAGCUCAACUGGCCGUGAGGAACUUGAAGGGUCUCCGACCCAUACAGUGGAGGAGACAACCAUUCAGGGCCUGACCACUGCACCCCCAGUGCCCGAAGAUGUAGCCACCACAAUUGAUGACUCAUUUACGACGUUCCUUGCUGGCAAAUCACCCUUCGUCCCAAAAACUGAUGAUCAGACCAACACAGAAGUGGUGCCAACAUCUGCCAUGCCAGCAACUCAUAGGCCACAGGUUACAGAGGAAGCCACUGAUGAGGCAUCAACUGUUUACAGUUCUACCAACACUUUCACUACAACGAUUCCUCCCGUCACCACCCGUCAGCUCCAACCGAGCACCACACCGCUAGCCCAAACAGAACACACUACCAUCGCUACCACAGAUAUUGUUCAGGUACUGCGGACGACACCCACCACAACCCAACGUCCGCUUACCUCCACUACUGGUGGACCACAGGCACCCAGUACAUCUGAUUUUGCUAAUGUCACCACCUUGCACUUAGAAACCAGCACGGCAACACCAGGGAACACUACUGCACAUGGCCGACGUGCAACAACACCCUACAGCAAGAGCACCCCAACCAAGACCACUGUGGUGGAAACCACCCGGAAUCACACGGACAGAAGCACAACAGAGAUGGGAAUGACAACCACGCAGAUGCCAUUUAAGUCAACAGCAUCACCAGAUCAUGUGUGUGGGCCUCAAACUUGUGCAAAUGGAGGCCACUGUGUUAGAUCAGCUAAGGGAAGUUACCACUGUCAGUGUCUGCCUGCAUGGACAGGACCCUUCUGCACGGAAUAUGUGGAUGAGUGUGUGAAUAGUCCGUGCCCCCAGGGUUCAGUGUGUGUCAACACCGGUGGCUCUUUCAGCUGCCAGUGUGCCCUGGGCUAUGACUUGGAGGAUGGCCGCAGUUGUACGCAAGUGAAGACAUUUUUGGGCACUUUCACCGUCAACACCUCAAUGCAUCUCAGAAGUUCAGGUCCGCAUGAGCUGCACAGAGAGAUUUUACAGCUGCUCAAUACCUCGCUUUCCAUCUUCCAUGGCUACCGACGUUCCACUUUACAUAAAAAAGAUGGAGGAGAUGUGCAGAUCUCAGCGGUGAGCAUGUUUUCACUCUCCACCAAUGUGACCAGCACGGAUGUCUUCAACAGCAUCCAGACAUCCCUGAGCAACUGCAGCCGGACGUACUCGCACUGCACCAUUAAGCUUCAGCACCAUCUCUCCUAUCACGCGGAGAGCCUGUGUUUGGCCCAGAAGACCAAGUGUGAUUUGCAGUACUCUGAGUGCACGGACUCUAGCGGGACCUCGUACUGUCAGUGCAAACCAGGAUACUUUAAAAAGAACCCAGAGGACAUGACCUGCAGAGACUGUGGAGAUGGACUCAAGCUUGUUAACGGCAGCUGUGUUGAGUGCAUGUUUGGAUUUGGAGGUUUCAACUGCAAUAACUUCUAUAAGCUGAUAGCUGUGGUGGUCUUUCCUGCUGGAGGAGCUCUUCUGUUGAUUGUCAUCAUUGCUCUUAUAGUCACCUGCUGCAAAAAGGACAAAAAUGACAUCAACAAAAUCAUUUUCAAAAGUGGAGACCUUCAGAUGUCGCCCUACGCAGAGUUUCCUAAGAGUAAUCGUGUGUCUAUGGAGUGGGGCCGAGAGACUAUUGAGAUGCAGGAGAACGGCAGUACCAAAAAUCUCCUGCAGAUGACAGACAUUUAUUACUCGCCUGCACUUAGGAACUCUGACCUGGAGCGUAAUGGCCUGUAUCCAUUCUCCGGUCUCCCCGGUUCCAGGCAUUCCUGCAUCUACCCAGCUCAGUGGAACCCUUCCUUCAUAAGCGACGAUUCACGGCGAAGGGACUACUUCUGACGGCCUUAGCCAGCAGGUGUGCAAUCUGAUUCUGCAUAUAAGCUCUCACGGCAUGGUUGGACCUGCCGCAGAUCCUGGAGCUGGAUACUGACCACUAAAGGCUUUUGAAUGUGAAAAUGAGCUGGCAGGAAAAGACCAUUAUCUGUGAGAAUGGAAGAAAGUUGCAGAGGCCUGUCUGGGUCAAUUUAGCAUUAGAACACAGUGCCACAAUAAGACUUUAGUUUCUGCUGUGGAAGUCAGUUAAAUUAGAAUAACACGUAAGAUGCCUGGGCUACAGUAUAACUUUUAUAUUCUAAAAGUUUGCACUAUGAACUCCUCAAACAGAUAUUAUCUCAAAUGGAAAAAGCCAUAAAUGUAUCAUAUUUGUACUUGGAAUAAUGUACCCAACUGGUUUGUACUGUGUUUUGUGUGUGAUGGGGUAUCUGUAUGUCUGUUUGUGAAUGUUAAUCAAAAGUUAAAGAGAUGGAUCACUCCAAAAUGAAACUUCUGAUAUCAUGUACUCACCCAAAACAUGUAUACCUUUCAUUUCUUGGUCUUAUUGACCAUUAUUAGUAUGUUUUAUGGUGCUUUUUGGAGCUUAACAGCCCCUGGUCCCCAUUCACCUACACUGUAUGGAAUAGAGCAGUGUAAACAUUGUUUAAAACAUCUCUUUUUUUGUUCCGUCUUGGAAAAAUAAUGUGUUUGGAACAAUAUGAGGGUGAGUAUAUGAUGACAUUGUUACAUUUUUGGGGUAAACCAUCGCUUUAAUGCUUUGUAGUGGUUGAGUUUUUAUCAGAGAAAUGGUGUGAGAUUUACGCUGGAGAACUAAACCUGUGUAAAAGCUGGUAGGAUUUUGAAACAAUAUUACUGGAUGCAGCAUUCAUGUGAAAUGUAGCAAAUAAUGCCACAAGGUAUUACAGUUUGUUUGAACAACAGUAAUAAUCAUAAAACACAGUGCUGCCUUGUUUGUUUCCUAAUUUAUUUUAUUUAAGUUUUCUGUAUCAGAUAAAGAUACUGUAGUAUGAUCUGAGGACCUCCCAUGUGUUUGUAUGGAUGCUUGGUGGUGCAUGAGAGGAUGGACUUCCCCCUUUUUCCAGGUGUCCAUUUUUAUUUUAGCUAAUGUGUGUUCUUGUGAGAUGUGCUUUAUUUGUAAUCUUUAAUAUCAGACACUCCUUUCCUCAUUAGCAUUUUCCCCCUCCUCUGUGGAUGGACACUUGAAUCUGGCGUUGUAGUCAGAAUUGUAUUGUAAAAUAAAAGAGAAAUAAAGUAUGAUU